AGAAAGCGAAAGAAGUUAGUUUUCUUGUUAGUAACACUUCGAAGGUUGGAAACGCAAGGAAGAUUUUGGGUGGCAGAACCACUUGGGCGUAGCUGUUAUAAGACGGCUUCAAAGUCCUUUGUUACCAUUCACUACCAAAUUACACACACACACACACAUAUAUAUAAAACUAGUUCAAUUCACUCCAUCAUAGUCACAUAUAUGAGCAUCUCUAUUUCUCUGUUACCUUAACUAGCAUUGUUUCGCAUAUAAAAUCGUUUCGUGCUCAACCUUUAAUUGUUUGUGUGAGAUAUGGAGAUGGAAGGGUUGGAUUCUAAUAAUUCUACCCACAACGGCAUAGCCAAGGGCAAACGCACCAAGAGGAUGAGGCUUUUGUCCCCUUGCGGUGUUGUUGCUACCACUGUCACCUCGAGCACUUCGAGUGCCUCCUCCACCACAACCUACGAGAGCGAAGAGGAAGACAUGGCGAAUUGUUUGAUUCUCUUGGCCCAAGGAGGGGAAUCUCAUCAUCAUCCUCCUCGUCACGACAAGCAACAAGUUGAAGAUCAUGGUCUUGAGAAUUGUGAUGGUGUCAUCAAGACAGAAGAAAAGGGUAACAACAACAGCGACAACGUUAACGCUACCCCCACCGCAACAACAACAACCGCUGCUACUACCAAAGUUGGUUUCUAUAUUUAUGAGUGCAAAACGUGUAACCGAACCUUCCCUUCGUUUCAAGCGCUGGGUGGACACAGGGCGAGUCACAAAAAGCCAAAACUCGCGGCUGAAGAGAAAAAACAACCAUUGCCACCACCAGCGCAACCGUCACCACCGUCUCAAUUGCAACACAUGAUUGUUACCAACUAUGAUCGGUUUGAGGAGGGUAACGUUAAAAGUGGUCCUCCAAUUUCCCUUCAAUUGGGUAAUAAUGGAAACAACAAGGGUAAGAUUCACGAGUGUUCCAUUUGUGGUUCUGAAUUCACAUCAGGACAAGCAUUGGGUGGACACAUGAGGAGGCAUAGGGCAUCCACAAACACCAAUACUACUGUUGUUGAUACAACAAGGUGUAACACUGUUUCCACCACUAUCAUCACCACGGCUCCACCAAGGAAUAUUUUGCAAUUGGAUCUUAACCUCCCAGCACCCGAAGACGAUAUCCGGGAGGCUAAGUUCCAAUUUGCAACAACAACAACUCAGGUGCUGGUUGGUACUCCGGCUUUGGUGGAUUGUCAUUAUUAGGCCAGGGUGGGGAAUUGGAAUUAAUUUCAAAGAAUUAUUAUUAUUUUGAUAUCUCUCCAUGUGAAUUAUUAGCGUUAUUUUUAAUUUACAAUUAUUAGUAAUUAUCGAUUCUUUGGAUUAUUGACUAUUCCUUUGGGCUAUUAAUAAUUGCCAUUUUAGUGAUA